ACUUCCUUUUUCCUCGCCCUGCUUCCUCUGGCCCGCCGCCUCCCGGAAGUUUGGUCUCUCCCGGCGGCGGGUCAGAGGUGAGGGCUGGGAGCGGUGCGCGGGCCUACAUGACUAACUGCUGCGAACCGGAGCCGCGCUCCCUCCCCGGCGGCGUGGGUCGGAGGACCCAGGUCGGAUUGCUGCCACCUGUGCUUUCCCGCAGUUUGAGUCGGAAGCCGAGUCGUGCGUAGCCUCGUGAUGGCAGCCUUGCUUCCGAAAGUAGUGGCCAGAGUGCUUUAGCAUCCUUUCCGCCAGCACCGAGCCUCGACACCUCUGGAGUCAGGAACGUGACUGACUGUCACCAUAUGCCAAGAUGUCCGGAAUUGGAAAUAAAAGAGCGGCUGGAGAGCCAGGCACCUCUAUGCCUCCAGAGAAGAAGACAGCUGUAGAAGAUUCAGGGACCACAGUGGAAACAAUUAAGCUAGGAGGUGUUUCCUCAACGGAGGAGUUGGACAUUCGAACACUGCGAGCCAAAAAUAGGAAACUAGGAGAAAUGCUGGAUCAACGGCAGGCCAUUGAAGAUGAGCUCCGUGAGCACAUUGAAAAGCUGGAACGACGGCAGGCCACUGAUGAUGCCUCACUGUUGAUUGUCAAUCGGUACUGGAGUCAGUUUGAUGAGAACAUCCGUAUCAUCCUUAAACGUUACGAUCUGGACCAGGGUUUGGGAGACCUGCUCACUGAAAGGAAAGCUCUGGUUGUGCCUGAACCAGAACCUGACUCUGAUAGCAAUCAGGAACGCAAAGAUGACCGUGAGAGAGGGGAAGGGCAAGAGCCAGCUUUCUCUUUCCUUGCUACUUUGGCCAGCAGCUCCAGUGAAGAGAUGGAGUCUCAGCUGCAGGAGCGUGUAGAGUCCUCCCGUCGAGCUGUCUCUCAGAUUGUGACUGUCUAUGAUAAAUUGCAAGAAAAAGUGGAACUCUUAUCCCGAAAACUGAACAGUGGAGACAGUCUAAUAGUGGAGGAAGCAGUGCAGGAGCUGAAUUCCUUCCUUGCACAAGAAAAUCUGCGGCUACAGGAACUGACAGACCUUCUUCAGGAGAAACAUCACACCAUGUCUCAGGAGUUCUCCAAGCUGCAGAGUAAGGUGGAGACGGCGGAAUCCCGUGUGUCUGUCCUAGAGUCCAUGAUUGAUGACUUGCAGUGGGACAUUUACAAAAUUCGGAAGAGAGAGCAGAGGCUCAACCGACACCUGGCAGAUGUCCUUGAACGGGUGAAUUCGAAAGGCUAUAAAGUAUAUGGAGCCGGGAGCAGUCUCUAUGGUGGCACAAUCACCAUCAAUGCCCGGAAGUUUGAGGAAAUGAAUGCAGAGUUGGAGGAGAACAAAGAGUUGGCACAGAACCGACACUGUGAGCUGGAGAAGCUUCGGCAAGACUUUGAGGAGGUCACUACACAGAACGAAAAGUUGAAGGUGGAAUUGCGCAGUGCUGUGGAGGAAGUGGUUAAGGAGACUCCAGAGUAUCGCUGCAUGCAGUCUCAGUUCUCUGUCCUAUACAAUGAGAGUCUACAGCUGAAAGCACACUUGGACGAGGCACGCACCUUGCUCCAUGGAACCCGGGGAACCCACCAGUGCCAGGUUGAGCUCAUCGAGCGGGAUGAGGUUAGUCUUCACAAGAAGUUGAGAACUGAGGUGAUCCAGCUGGAGGAUACACUGGCGCAGGUUCGCAAAGAGUACGAAAUGCUGAGGAUAGAGUUUGAGCAGACCCUUGCUGCCAACGAGCAAGCAGGCCCUAUAAACCGAGAGAUGCGCCAUCUCAUUAGUAGCCUUCAGAAUCACAAUCACCAGCUGAAAGGGGAGGUCCUCAGGUAUAAGCGGAAAUUGAGAGAGGCCCAGUCCGACCUGAACAAGACACGUCUGCGCAGUGGCAGUGCCCUCCUCCAGUCUCAGUCUAGCACCGAGGACCCUAAGGAUGAACCGUCAGAGCUAAAACAAGAUACUGAGGACCUCCCCACCCAAUCUUCAGCAUCAAAGGGCUCUCAGGAGGAUGCCAGUGAGAUUAAGUCCAAACGAGAUGAAGAAGAACGAGAACGAGAAAGGAGGGAGAAAGAGAGGGAGCGUGAACGAGAACGGGAGAAGGAAAAGGAGAGAGAACGUGAGAAGCAGAAACUAAAAGAGUCAGAAAAAGAAAGAGAUUCUAAGGAGAAAGAGAAAGGGAAACAUGAUGAUGGAAGAAAAAAGGAAGCAGAAAUUAUUAAGCAAUUGAAGAUUGAACUUAAGAAGGCACAAGAGAGCCAGAAGGAGAUGAAACUGUUGCUGGAUAUGUACCGCUCUGCCCCAAAGGAGCAGCGGGACAAAGUACAGCUGAUGGCGGCUGAGAAGAAGUCCAAGGCAGAGUUGGAAGAUCUCAGGCAAAGACUCAAGGAUCUAGAGGAUAAGGAGAAAAAAGAUAACAAGAAAAUGGCUGAUGAGGACGCCUUGAGGAAGAUUCGAGCAGUAGAGGAACAAAUAGAGUACUUGCAGAAAAAGCUGGCCAUGGCCAAGCAGGAGGAAGAAGCUCUUCUUUCUGAGAUGGAUGUCACAGGACAGGCUUUUGAAGACAUGCAGGAGCAGAAUAUCCGUUUGAUGCAGCAGCUGCGGGAGAAGGAUGAUGCAAACUUCAAGCUCAUGUCAGAGCGGAUCAAGUCCAAUCAGAUCCACAAGUUGCUGAAAGAAGAGAAGGAGGAGUUAGCAGACCAAGUUUUGACUCUGAAGACUCAGGUCGAUGCCCAGCUGCAGGUGGUACGGAAGCUGGAAGAGAAGGAGCACCUGCUGCAGAGUAACAUUGGCACAGGGGAGAAGGAGCUGGGGCUGAGGACCCAGGCCUUGGAAAUGAACAAGCGCAAGGCCAUGGAGGCCGCCCAGCUCGCAGAUGACCUCAAAGCCCAGCUGGAGCUGGCUCAGAAGAAGCUUCGUGACUUUCAGGAUGAGAUUGUGGAGAACAGCGUCACCAAGGAAAAGGACCUGUUCAAUUUCAAGCGAGCCCAGGAGGACAUCUCAAGACUUCGAAGGAAGCUGGAGACCACGAAGAAGCCAGACAAUGUGCCCAAGUGUGAUGAGAUUCUGAUGGAGGAGAUAAAGGACUACAAGGCACGUCUGACUUGUCCAUGCUGCAAUAUGCGUAAAAAGGAUGCUGUACUUACCAAGUGUUUUCAUGUUUUCUGCUUUGAGUGUGUGAAGACGCGCUAUGACACUCGCCAGCGCAAAUGUCCCAAGUGUAAUGCUGCUUUUGGUGCCAAUGAUUUCCAUCGCAUCUACAUUGGUUGAUCCUAGUCAAGAGAAGACGAGCUGACUAGACAAGCACUUACUAACCAUGGGACUGCUACCUCUUCUCUCCUUGAUGAUUGGUCCAUUAUCUUUCUCCACAUACUUUGUGUCUAAGCUCUCCUCUAACAGCAAGAUGCCUUUAGAGAAAAAAGACUGGUAUAGAAGUCUUGGGUUUUAGGAUGAAUUAGAAAGUAUUCACUCACCUCUACCAGCUUUGUUUAUUUCCUCCUUUUAUACUUCAACAAGUUUUCCUUGGCCCUAGUAUAAAAACGUUGAUUGUUCAUUACUUCUGAAGAAGUCAAGUUGACGUUUUUGGUACCAAGGAGGGGAGCACAGUUCCAGGACAUGUGCUAUGAUGGAGGAGUGGACUUGUAGAAAUAAGCUAUCCAUGAGCCCCAACUUUUCUUGAUUUGGGUAGUAAAUUUUUUCUAACCUUGGAUUAUAAAAUUGUAUAAUUGUGAUACUCUCUCCUGGAUGGUUUGAAGCCUUAAUGAAAUUAUAUCCAGGAUAAUUCAAUUUAUUUCCCACUUCUGGCAAAGUGACUUAAGGUCAGCUGACUUUAUUAUUUAAAUUUUAAAUAUUCAAAUAAUUAAAGUUUUUAAAUCUCUGGGGGCCAAAAUAAUUUCAAACAGUACAAUCCCUUUGUCUUCUAAUGAAAUCAGAUCUGCAGAAGGGGAGAAAGGAAUAGAAAUGAAAUUAUAAGGUCUUCUGGGUCGUCUGGGAACUUGGUAGAGGAAGGCCUUGGUAAGCUAUGAAUGACUCCCCUCGUAGCAGGAGUGAUUCUCUGGAACGUUUUUGUAGGACUUUUAUUCCUCAUGCUUCAAUUAAAGCUUGUGGGAUUUUUUGGGAAACUUUUAUGAGUUAUUACUAGUUGAGUUUAUACCCACUGUUCUAGAAAUUAAUUCACUUUCUUCCCUCCUUCACAGACUGGCCUUGAAUUCAUGACAGUCCCUAUGCCUCAGCCUCCCAAGUACUGGGAUGACAUAUUUGUGUCAUAUGUCCAGUGGAAUCUAUUGAACUGAAUUAAAUGGCUGGCAGCAUUUGGUUUUUUGAUUAGUUAAAAUAGUUUUCUCCUUGUUUUAUAUUGAGUCUGUGCUGAGGAGAGACUGCCUAAAAUGUGGUAACAUUUGACUGCUCAGUUCUCUUCCAUAGUUCACUGUAGGGGUAAGAGAUUAUGAGCCUGGCACUUCUGGUUGAGGGUUCUUGAAUUACUAAUUUUAUAGUAUAUAACCACAACAGCAGAGGCCUCUCGAUGGUAAGGUGGUUAUACAAAGUGGGUAGCGCUUGGUCAGUGUCUAGAAAAUGGUUAGAUACACAUUCCAUGUUCUUCUAUUACCAGCUAUAAUCAUCAGGACUUGUGAUGAAUUCCACUAAAUCACAUGAUACAGAUUUAGGAAAUGAGUCUUUGGUAUGCUCUUACCCAGUCAUCAAGAGAGACCACAAGUUGGUUGAUCCUGUUACAGCACACACACACACACACACACACACACACACACACACACACACACACAAACACGGAGCAAUGGUGGGAUUAGGCCUGGGUCAUAGACAGUGCCUUUACAUUUAGUAGUAGAGCAUUCCCCUUGGGAUUUAUUCUUAUAGGGCAAGCUUGAGCAUUAGUUGGUUGAGAAACAAAUGGACUAUUUAGGCAGCAGGUGCUUGUGACAUUAGCUGUUUCUGGCAAUUGGAAGAGAAAGCCAAUUGCUGGAACUAUGGUGUAGGACCUGUGGAAUAUUGUGGAAGGAAGCUUAUCUAAGAAGCAGAGCAUAAGAAAAACUCUUUUGAUUGAGAAGUUGAGGUCUAGUCAACCCAGGUGAGUUCUCAAGGUUACUUCACAUAAGUGGUUUUUAAAUAUUUCUAUUAAUUUAUUUUCAAAGAGAAAGGGUAUGCCAGGACCUGUAGCCACUGCAAAUGAACUCCAGAUGCACGCACCACUUUGUGCAUCUGGCUUUAUGUGGGUAGUGGGGAAUCAAAUCCAGGUCGUUAUGCUUUGCAGGGCAAGUGCCUUAACCUCUGAGCCAUCUCUCCCCAGUCCCCAGUAGAGGUGUUUUUUGUUUGUUUGCCCCCCCCCCCCCCAGCCAGUUUCUUAUCUCUACAGAGGGAACUGUGAGACAUAGGGAAUACUCCAGUAUUUCACAUCAGAUUUCAUUCAUGCUUUUGCGUGGAGCCCCCUCUUACUCCCUGAGAACCUUACAGGAAUUUGAAAACUUGACAUUCCCCAAACAGAAGUCACAGCUCUAGAUUCAUAGAAGACUAAGAGGUAUUUAACUGGGAAGUUUCUCAGUUUAAAGUAAACUCUCAGGUCAGUUAGCUGUGCUAUAAGGCAUUUGCCUUAAUUCUAUGACUAAGCUUUUACUUAUAGAGACCUUUUCCAAAAAGCUAGUGCCAUUUGUACUAGCUAUUGCAUUCUGCAUGAGUUUUCCAUAGGUUAUUCCAUGUGCUCACAUUCUCUGUUCAGAUCUCUCUUUUUUUUUUUUAAAUCAGUUUUGUAUAUAGUGUGUAUGCAGCCAUGAUGGUACCAUCAUUAGCCUUUUCCCUGUUGUCCCCCUCUGCGGAUUGUGGGUGUUGCAUUGUGGGGGUGGCCAUCUGUUAUGGGGGAGAGGCAAUAUCUCUGUGCAUAAUGACCCAACUUGUGGCUCUAAAAAUCUUUCUACCCCCUCUUCUAUGAAUUUUUCUGAGCCAUGUUGAGUUCAUUUCUUAAGGGCAGGAUUCUGUAGAGUAAGUAGUGUGCAUGCCACUGGAGUGCAGAAAUGUGGUUUAUAUUGUCAGGACCAUAAAGAAUGAUCACUUGUCUUACAGACCUACUGGGAUGGUUAUGGUGGCCUCUAUGAUCAUUGUAGUUUGUUGGUGUACAAUGCCUUUCAAUUAAAAUUUGUGUUUUAAUUUUU